AUGCAGGUUCAAUUGUGGGCUUGGACUGCGGCCAUCUUGGCCACCGUGCAAGCGGCGUCCGACACGCAACAGGACACGAUUGGCGCCUUUGUCGAUGCGCAAGGCGUUACGCACAUCUACGGUAAUUCGUUUGGCAGGCCUGGCUACAAUGAAACCUAUGACUACAUUAUUGUUGGAGGUGGUAAUGCUGGAAACGCGAUUGCAGCUCGGCUAGCGCUCGACCCGGCCAACUAUACUGUUGCUGUCCUCGAGGCAGGAAGCUUUUACGAAAUCCUCGACGGCAACCGUACUCAAGUGCCUGGAUACAAUUAUAUCAACACGAUCUCCUUCCCCCUUGGUUCUGCUACCACACCGACAACAUGGGGUCUGACCACGGUGCCCCAAAAGGGUUACGAUGACCGGGAAAUAUUUUAUGCUGGAGGCCAGACAUUUGGCGGCAGCUCCGCGGCAAACUACAUGGGCUAUCAACGACCCUCGGAAGGAAGCAUGGACCAAUGGGCGAAAGAAGUUGGCGACAACUUCUGGGCCUGGGACAAUGUUUAUCCAGCAUUUAAGAAGAGCGUGCACUUUAUACCUCCGGACUUCACCAAGAUUGACCCGUCUCUCAACAUUACCUAUGACCCAUCGGCAUUCAGCGACAAAGGCGGGCCUCUCCACGUGUCCUAUGGCAACUAUCAAGGCCCAUAUGGACCAUCUCUUAGUGAGGCGCUUGCCAAGUCAGGCCUGAGCCCCAUAAAGGGGUUCAACAGCGGUAAGCUGAUCGGAUACGGAACGGCGACGGCGACAGUCGACCCCCGUUACGCCACUCGCGAUACCUCCGAAUCCUCGUUCCUCCAGGCGGCUGCGCGGGGCUCUAGUAUUAAGAUCUACCCCAACGCCCUGGCAACGAAGAUCUUGUUCGACAAUAAGAAGAAAGCCACAGGCGUUGAGGUGCAGAGCAACAUUGCCACGUCAGACUUCAAGUUCCAUCUGAAUGCGACCAAAGAGGUUAUCCUUUCGGCGGGAGUGUGGCAUUCGCCUCAGCUGUUGAUGCUGUCAGGUGUUGGACCUUCUGAGAAGCUGCAGCAAUUCGGCAUCGAUGUUGUCGCCGAUCUGCCCGGCGUCGGCCAGAAUGAACAUGACCAACCGGUGGUGGGCAUGGUCUUAGCAGUCAAUGUCACUACGAAUACCCAGUUACAGGCAGGAAAUCCCGAGAGCGUCGCGUCCGCCUUGUCCGAGUAUAUCAACCAUCAAUCGGGCCCUCUGUCCGGCAUCGGCACAGGCCAGGGCAUAGCCUUUGAGAAGUUCCCCGCAUCCUACCGGGCCAACUUCAGCAAGUCCACUCGGGCCUACCUGGAUACAUAUGCCUCGGACUGGCCUGACGUCGAGAUUCUGCCCCUUGAGAACGGCCCCGUGGUGAGCUCUAUCGGUCCGAACGACAACCUCCUCACCUUCGCCGCAGUCCUCCUCUCCACCAAGUCGCGCGGCAACAUGACCAUCUCCAGCAACAGCAUCCUCGACCCUCCCCUCAUCAGCCCCAACUGGCUGCAAGAGGAUGAGGACGUCGAGCAAGCCUACGCCGCAUUCUUGCGUCUCCGCGAGGUUGCCUCGAACUGGGAUCCUGCCGUCCUCCUGGGCGAGCUUUCGCCUGGCCCCCAGCUCACCGGCAAGAAGGCGAUCCUCGAGUGGAUGCGAAAGGAUAUGAACAUGAUCUUCCACGGGACAUCCACCUGCAAAAUGGGACCUAAGAAGGAUACCUCGGCCGUCGUGGACUCGCGAGCUCGCGUGCACGGUGUUACCGGUCUUCGCGUGGUUGAUGCCAGCGCCUUUCCGUUCUGUCCUCCUGGCCAUCCCAUGUCGUCUAUCUACAUGUUUGCCGAGAAAAUCGCCGAGUCUAUUCUUGGUGGAAAUUAG